CUACCCAGCGCCAGUCUCACUCGGGCAGUCGAGCCGACGAGCGCGCGUCGAUAUCCCAAAGAAAAACGUCGAAAAAAACGUCACGCAAAACUUUUACAAAAAUUGUUUUUCCGCCAAAAUGGUGCGUAAUAAAGACGGCGACGGCAUUAAGAGUAAUUUAAUAAUUUCGGAAGUGCAGAAAAGGCCUUGUCUGUUCGACAUGAACCAUCCUCACUACGGAGACAGGGCUGAGAAGGCGAGGUGCUGGGAGGAUGUCUGUGAGACGGUGGUCCCCGGCUGGUCUCUCCUCGGGCUGGACCAUAAGUUUGCGGCCGGACGCGAGGUGCAGAAGCGAUGGCGUUCGAUCCGCGAUUCGUACACCAAAGCGUACAGACAGGGCAAGUGCGAGCUGCCCGAGCACUGCGCCGCCGGCAGCCGCCGCUACCAGCACCACGCGCAGAUGGCCUUCCUUCUGACGGCGCUCAAAAAUAGGAAACCCCGCCUCUCACAAGACAGACUCGAUGGCACAUUAUCUGAAAUUUCAAAUUCGCCACAGCACAGCAUUCCAGAGGAUUUAACGCCAAAAAUUAAAAUAGAAACCACCGAAAAACCCGAGCCCAAAUCUCGCGCCAAAAAGGAUAAACAACAACAAACCAUAGACACACCUCAACCAACCAUAGACACACCUAAACCAACCAUAGAGAAUAUAGAAGCGGCGAAAAUCCCGCCAGAAGUUGUAGAAAAAGCUAAUCCCAUGGCAAUAGAUGAAAGUAUUAUGCCAGCGGAAAAUAAGAAUGCAUCUUUAGAAAUUAAAAUUGAUGCAAAUACUAUUUUACCCGAUGACCACUUUGAUGAUGAUAAGCUGUUUAUGAAUUCGCUGCUGCCGUCGUUUAAGAAAAUGGACGACGAUACAAGGUUACUAUGCCGCAUAGAAGUGUUGAAAAUCAUCCGCUACGCCUUGCAAGGCCACAAGAACCUAGACAGCCUCCGAAUGGCCGAACAGAACAGUUUCCGAAACGGCUUCAACGCUGCCAUGAUGAGAAAAGAAGAAAUUAUAGAAAUAUCUAUGAAUAAUAACAAGAACGAAUCUACAUUGUCUAUGACCACACGGUCAGCUGACGGCAGUCGCCCGAUUCGCAAGCGUUUGAGUCAAUCUCCUGCGCCCAGUCCCCCCGCCAAGAGGAGGGGCCCAGGCCGGCCGAGGAAGAUCCGCCCCCCACCCUGCGACUCAGACGAGGACACGCCCAAGCGGCGCGCGGCCAAGAUGAAGUCCCUGUCGAGCGUCGAACCGCGACCCUCGGAGCUGGACGAGGAGCUGAGCCGAGCCACUAGUGUGGCGCAGCUUAGGACUCCGCUGUUUAUGAAGAUGUACAACCUAGAGAGAUCAAAAACAGCCCCUGCGCUCCCCAACGAACAAAUAGCAUUAGCUAUCAAAACAGAACCAGCAGAUAUAAUACACGAGAACCAAACUUAAACCUUAUUAUUUAGAUUAUACUGUAUGUUUUAGAAUAGAUAGAUGUUGUGUUACUUGAUAAAAAUGUUUAAUGAGGAAUUUAUUUGUUUUGUAAAUUUAAGUGAAUAUAAAAAUAAAUUCCUCAUAUAAUUAUGUAUACAGGGUGUUUCAAAAACAGUACUGCAUAAAGAAUAAUGUGAUUAGCGCAUAAUUACUGUUUUUUAAAUAUCUGUUUAGUAAAAAGUAUUGCGUCUAGCACUAUAUUUAUAAAGGCGCUUUUAAAAAUUGGACCCAAAAAUAUAUUUAUAUAAUACUUA